AAAUCAUGCAACUAUAAGUCAAGGACUCAACGCUUUCUUUUCAAAUCAAGUCAAACUUUGGGUAAUUACACGGUUACACCUACAGCUUUUCAAAAAAAAAUUCGUUUCCGGUUCAUUGUUUACAACGCUAACCAUAUUUUGAGUUGAGAUAUAGAUCUAGUUGGCCAUAGCACUUUGCCCCCUUUUUUUGUCGCAUGUACUGUUUAUUUCACAUGACGAGACUGCUACUGUUGAGAAGCAUAGCACACGGAUUAUCUCUCCAUAGAAUUUAAACGCAUUGGCCGCUUAUUGUAGACCUUAAGCUUUCAACUAUUUAGAGUCUACUUGAAAAGCAACAUUGGUCAAGACUCUCGCUUGCUUAUUUUGCUUUUAAGAUGAAGAUCUUACAGAUAUAUUUCAACCUACAGUUACUGUGUUUAAAUUUAGUGUCACCGUCUCAGACUAGUUCCCAGACACCUUGUACUUCCGAGGAUAGUUCAUGGCUAGAGACGCAAUACACGAGACAACACUGUCAGAUAAGUGGCACUGUAGUCAACUGUAGUCACAUGUCAUUGAGUCAAGUGCCAGAUCACAUUCCUCUGAAUGUCACAGUAUUGGAUUUAUCGAACAAUCGAUUUCAGGAAAUAAAUUCGUCCCUUUCAAAAUUUGAUAAACUACAAGAGUUAUACCUGGCGAACAAUCGUAUUGAGAAACUGCACAGAGAAUCUUUCGCAGGUUUAAAUGGUCUUUUAAUUCUUGAUCUUCAGGGCAAUAUGCUUGAAAUGAGGAAUGAGACAUUUCCUCCAAAAGUCUUCUCCGCAUUAAAAUCUUUGCAAGUGCUUAAAUUAAAUAAAAACAAUAAAAACGUAUCUAUUGCAGAGCUCUCGUAUCCCGAUAAAGCUUUGUCAGACUUAGAGAACUUAGUGGAUCUUCAUAUGGAUGGUCUCCUUGAUAAGGUAUUUGGUCCAGGUUUUGACCAGAUGAUAUCUUUACGUAAUUUGACAAUAGUAGGUCGACCCACUGGAUAUUGUUGCAUAAAUAGCAUUGUUAGGGAUACUUUUAAGUAUCUCUCGCGGCUUCACUAUUUAAAAAUCAGUUACUGUUUUAUUAAUGGAACCUUGAUUGACCAACACGCUUUAAAGCCGCUGAGAAGUCUGCAGGCGCUAGAUCUUAGUAACAGUGAUUUUAUCUAUUUUCGACACUUAGGUCCAGCUUUAGCAUUGAUGGACUCCGUCAAUCUCACACAUCUAAAUAUACAGAAAUUAAUGAGUCCGUAUUCCCCCUGCAAUAAAGUCACAAACCUAUUUGCCAAGAGCUUACCUCGAAGUCUGACUCACAUAACGGCCUCCAGCAAUGGCUUGGCCUUGAUUGACCCCGAAGUCUUUGACCUUCUGCCAGAUAAUCUCACCUACUUAGAUUUGUCUGACAAUAGAUUCACGUUUGGUUAUUACCUGAAAAAUUUUUCUAGGCUGACAAACUUAGAAACUCUGGUACUAGAUGGUGCAGAGCAGAGCUACAACUUGCCAGUUUGGUUUCCCCAAGAGGAACAAAGCUUUGCAUAUCAGGAUGUUAAGGUUUCGAAUCCUACUUGGGAGCGAGUCAAUCUAACCCUCCCACCGAAACUCAAAACAGUUUCUCUGAGCUCUGCUGGAUUGACUUACAGACUAAGUGAAUUCCACGUUGAUCCCAACAACGCUCUAGAGAAUUUAAAGUUAGAUGGAAAUAAAAUCCAAGCCUUGAAAGGUACAAUAACUGGGCUUCAUCAACUUAAAUCUCUUAGCUUGGUGGAUUGCUAUAUCAGAGAAAUACAUGAACGAUUUUUUGAGAAUUUCCCUUCUUUGGAGUUUCUCGACUUAAGCGCCAAUACUUUUGGGAGGAAGGUCUUAAGGAAAGGCAGCAAGCCGAUAUUCAGUUCUCUCAAAAAUCUUAGAGAAUUAAAUCUACGUUUCGUGGAUCUCAUCACGGUGGACCAAAACGUGUUUGAAGGACUAGAAAACUUAGAGAUCCUCCAUCUUCAACUCAACGGCAUCUACUACUUCGAAGUGGAUGUAAGCUAUUUAAAAAAACUACAGUUCGUAAACUUCAGCUUCACAGAGUUGACAGGUCUUCGCCCGCAGGUGACUAACUUCUUUGACUCUAUCGCAGCCUCCAACAACCUAACGCUAGACUUUUCUGAAACUCCCAUUCACUGCUACUGCGCUAAUUUAGAAUUCAUUUCUUGGCUUUCGAGAGCUUUGCAAUAUAUUCGUUUUCAACGUUUGAAAUGGUUUAAAUGCGUCUACGAGGAUACCACGGAGAAAUACUUUCACGAUUUUCAGGAUUUACACCAGUUCUUGGGUGAAGAGUGCACCCCUAAGGUGACUCUGUUUUUCAUUGUCACCUCUGCCACUCUUUUGCUGGUGUGUAUUAUCAUCGCUUUGGUGGUUUACAGAUUUCGAUGGAAGCUUAAAUAUUUCUAUUACUCGGCUUAUCUGUACUUUAAAAGCUACAAACGUUUCCAUGGCGACGACAAGGAUUUCGAGUUUGACGUCUUCGUUUCGUUUGCGAAUGAGGAUGAAAGAUUUGUGCUCAAGGAAUUAGUGCCGGAGCUAACAACUCGAGGCCUCAAAGUACACAUUCAUACUACCAAUUUCAGAGCGGGGGAGUACAUCACCACGAAUAUUGUCAAUGCGGUACAGCGCAGUCGCAGGACGCUAAUUGUCGUGAGUUCGAAUCUUCAGAAAAGUCAGUGGUGCCAUUUUGAGCUACAAAUGGCCAACCUGGAGAGCGUCCACACCGGACGUCCAGUGAUGGUAUUUCUUCUGAUGCAGCAUCUUCCAGAAGACGUCUUAAGUCGGGAGAUGUUGUACCACAUACAAAACAAUACGUACCUACAGCUGCCGGACGAAGUGGACGAUGCCAGAGUCAUGGACAUUUUCUGGACCAAACUUUGUUCUGACUUAAAGGAUUAGUUUUCCUCACAGGAAAUAUCCAGCCCAAAAUGUUACAUUCUUUUUAUCAUAUAAAAAUUGUAUAAUUCUUAUAAACAUGUUGUUUUUUAAAGUCA